AUUAAAACAUGGUAGAUUUCCGGUGGGAAAUUGUGAUGACUGAUUCAGACUGAAGAGUGAAGUGAAGUUGUGUCUUAGAAAAUGAUGCAGAGUUAAACUUGAUAAGUAUAAAUUGUCAGCCAAGAAGAGCCAGCAGUUGCACCUUAACUGUAUAUAGAAAUCAUUACUUACUGUCCAGUAAUCUGUAUUGUAAAGAGGCCUCUGACCAAGAUAAACUUCAAAGAAACAUGGACACGGGCUCAGAUGGAGCAUUUCAGCCAAAAGAGGAUAUCCUUAAUAUCCUCACCUCCCUAGGAUUUUCUCGGAAUGCUUCUAUCAAGGCCCUUUAUUACACUGGGAACAGUAAUGCGGAUUUGGCUGCAGCGUGGGUCAUAGAAAACCAACAUCGGAGCGACAUUGAUUCACCUCUAAAUGAGGAUGAAUCAGAUGACCAUGGAGAUGAAGCAGGAUAUUUACCAGAAGGAGUGGACUUCUAUAAAAUGGUUUUUGUGGUCAACUCAGAACUGGACAUGGGAGUUGGUAAAACAGCUGCUCAGGUUGCUCAUGCUGCUCUCGGUUUACAUCGUACCCUACUUGAUGAUCCACAGAAGUAUGGGCAGAUGUUGAUGAGUUGGGAACAAUUUGGAGAAACUAAAAUUGUAACUAAGGGAGACAACACAGCACAGUUAAUGAGUCUUGCAGAAAAAGCUUCAAAUCUAGAUCUGCCACAUUAUAUUGUCCACGAUGCAGGUAAAACACAGAUUCCUUCAGGAUCUACCACUGUUUUAGCAAUAAUGGGUAACCUUGAAGUUGUGGACUCAAUUACAGGUUCCCUAAAACUUCUUUAAUGACGAAAGGGACAUAUUAUACAUGUAUAAUUUAAAUUGAAGCUUCAAUGCAUGAAAGUACUGGGAAUUUCUGCUUGAACAGACUUUUUAUAUAUUUGCUGCCAUUUUUUUUGUCAUGUUAUGCCAUAGGCUAUCAGUUAAUUUAAUUAUCAUUCCUAUUAAAGAUUCAUUGAUGUACAGUACAAUUUGGCAUUCUCAAAAAUGUAUUUGUCCUUACAGUGUAAUUUGUCUUUAAAAGAUAGCACAUUUUUUAUUAAACCAUGUCAUAUAGUGAAAUGCUUUACAAAACCAAUGCUUUAGGAACAUUUCAGUUUGAUAUUUAUAUACCUGCAUUUAUGUAACACCUGAACAUUCUUAGAGUAUAGAGACUCAAAUUCUUAAAUUUAACAUGUACAUUGUAGAUUUCAGAGGCCUCACUUGAAGUAAUUUCAUUGAACCAUUUGUUCCUUGGUUGAGUAAUUACUCUUUGAAAGCUAUUUCUGAAUCCCUAUAACUAUAGCUGAUUUUUUCCUGCACAGUUCUGCUUUUACAUUUGUGAACAUUGUAUAAGUGCAGUUGAUCUCUUUUGUUGCUAUAUGUGAUAUUUAUUUUUAGUAAAUUCUUGUACAUACAGAUGUGUACAUGUUUUACUGACAACAAUAAAGCAUUAAAAUGUUGCUUAUUGUGUAAUCAUGGUGAUUAAAAGCUAUGGAUUGAA